AUGCUACCACAAAGAGCUUUAACUGACGGUGAUUUAUUAAAAUUUGCUAAACAAUCAAAAAUUGCUAAUUUUCGUGGAGUUUUUAUGCGAAAUGAUAUGCCAAAAGAUGGACCUUGGAAAGAAGAGUGUGGAAUCAUUAAUUUAGAUGAUAAAAGAAAUUCUGGAACACAUUGGGUAGCAUAUAAAAAACUCAAUAAAAAUUCAGCAAUAUAUUUUGAUAGUUUUGGCAACUUACAACCACCGAAAGAUCUUGUCAGUUAUCUUAAUGUUGUCGCAGGUGGUGCAACAGCUCAUCAACCUCAAUACAUAACUUAUAGUCAGCGAGGAAACGGUGUUGGAAACCCUCCACAGUCUUUUCAAAAAAAUGAUGUAUUAUUUAAUCAAAAAUUAGUAUCAGCUUCGAAUAGUACAUAUCCCUACAGAGCAUACAUUGAAACAACACUUAUUUAUGGAUUUGAUGCAACAAAUAGUCAUCUCCAACUAGCAUUAUGGUAUCCUGACACACCUGGGCGUAUGAAUGUCAAUAGUGUUGCUGCCGCAGAUGCAAAAAAUGAAGGCUUAGUUGCCCGAUGUGUUCAUACGAAUGUAGGCCAACAAUUUGAGAUGAUUGGUCAUCUACACGUUGAUGUAUUCAACCAGGAAAAAUUUUUAUUGAAUGGGAUUGAAAUGAAAAUUAAUCUCACACGGUCAAAACAAGAAUUUUGUUUAAUGGAUGCCUCAAACGACAAGGAUUAUAAAAUACAAAUAUUAGAAGCGUCAUUGGCUGUACGCCGAGUCAAGCUAAAUCCUCAUAUUAUGAUUGCUCAUGCAAAAGCCUUAGCGAAAACGACAGCUAAAUAUCCCCUUACUAGAGUGGGGGUCAAGAGUUUUUUACUCACCGCGGGAAUCCUCGGAAAUUGUCUCUACAAUAUUAUUAUUGGUACUUUGCCUAAGCGAGUUGUUAUUGGAUUCGAUGAUAACCGUGGCUUCAAUGAUAAUAGGGGCCAUUAUCCAUUCUACUUUCAACAUUUCAAUAUAAAUUUUCUAUGUCUUUACGUUGAUGGUAAACAAAUACCCGUAAAACCGUUGCAGCCUACAUUUUCCGAUCAUAUAUUUGAUGCUGAGGCAUAUCCUACACUUUUUUCUGGUACUGGCAUCUAUUUUGGGGACCAUGGCAUGCAAAUAGAUAGAAAUGAAAGCUAUAGAAAAGGUUAUACGUUAUUUGCUUUUGACUUAACACCAGAUCUUUCCGCACAUAGUGCUGGUCAUUGGAACUUAAUUAAGAGUGGUAGCCUACGUAUUGAAGUACGCUUCAGUGAAGCUUUGGCGCAAGUCGUUAAUUAUCUUGUUUAUGCCGAAUAUGAUAAUAUUAUUGAAAUAGACUCCAGCCGUCAAGUUAUAAUGGAUUAUAGUAUAUUAUUUUUACCAUGUAGACAUUUUGUUUCUUGUGAAAAUUGUUCAACUGAUUUAAAAAGAUUUGUUAAAUGUAGAGCAGAUAUUGAAAAAGUUGUACGACCAAUUAUUCCAUAA